AAUUACAAAUCUUGUUGAUGUAGUCUGUAUACUCUGAUAUAUUUGAGUACUUGGGUUUUGUAUUAGCAAAUGUUUAAGUAGCAAAUAGCCAAGAUACUUGAAGAUCUUGGCUGAGACUUGGAAAAGGUAACUAUUGGUAAUUGCAGAUUUCUAGGGCACCGGAGCUUUGUGGAAGUGAAUGGUGUGUCACUUCUUGGAUGCUUCUCUUGAUGUCUUUAUAAGAACUGUUUGGUUUUUGGUUGGGUGCUGGGGUUUGGGUUGGUUUUUUUUCUGUUGCUGCUUUCUUAGACUAUUUGGUGUGUUUGGUGUGUCUAGUUAGACACUCAAAAUGGCUUGUUAUCUUGGAACUCUCACCUACCUUUAGAUAAAAUAUGCGAAUGUUGAGCUCUUAACAGCUUUUAAUAGCUCUUACUUUCUUUGUUAUAAAAAAGUCGCGUUACUGUUCAAUAGAAGAGAUUCUAGGAAUCUCAUUGAUUUUCCCUUUUCAGCCCUUUGCUGGAUUUUAACAAGGUCCCUGGUCACUCUAGAGUAAAAAUGUUUUUCUUUUUUAAUGUGGUAAAAAACUCUUGUCAGGUUGGGCUCCAGUGUUGUAGUUAGUAAGCGCUGAAGGUUGGUUGUGUUGUUUGCUGUGGUAACCCCUGGCUGUGCCCAUGGUCCGCUGGGAUCCUUGGGAAGCUGCAGAUGCCUGUGGCCUGCAGCGGGGCAGGGUUGGCCAUGUACCGCAACAGGCUUUUGUCUAAGUGGGCGCACCACUACCAUUUAGAUGCUAAUGUGAUAUAAGCUCGGUGUUUUGUACUAGAACUUGACUGCAUCUCAGGAAUGUGGCCUGUCUGGUUUUAUGUUGGCUUCAGCGUUAAAAGGGCCUACUGUAAUUCAUGUCUGCCAAUCGAUUAAAGCUGCAAUCUUCUGUUAUAUGGCUUUGAUGUGCCAAAGGAAAUUGUUGGGGUUGGUGGAGAAUUACAUACUUUUUUUGGUUCUCCCAGAUCUUACCUACUCAUCUGUGUGCUUUGUGUUUGCCACCUAUGAGGAGGGAAUAAAGUAAAUUUGCUAUGUGAAGCAAUGUGUGACAUUAGCUUUACUGACAAGACUUGAACCUUUUCUUUCUGUUCAUGUUUGUUAUAUGGUGGGGUAACUAAAUGUUGUAUUUAUUGUUCAUUUAAGGUUUUCAUGAAAAUACAAAGUGGAGUGUAUUUCUAUUUUUACUGUAGAUGUGACAGUUUUCUGUUCAGCUGUUUUCUGGUACAAUGGAAUACAUAUUCUGGCUCAUGUUUUAGAGGCAGUGAAUAAAUUAAUAGACAUAACAGGAACAUGUUAUAAUAAAUUUAAGUUCUAAUCGCUGCAUCUUAGCAGCAACUUGCUGUAUUUUGUGCAGAAAAAAAGGAUGUGUGUAUGGUACAAACACGAAUGUAAAAUGCAGUCCUGGGAAUAAGAUUUUUGUAGGUCUGUUUUGUACAGGAAUUCAGCACUCAUCAGAUUUUUAUGUGCUGCGCUCCCUACAUAUUCUUGUUGUAAAAGAAAACAACAGAUGUUUGUUUAUUUUGUUUUCUGGAAACAUAUUCUUUAAGAUGUCUUUUUAAAAUGUGCUGAAUAAUAAUUUUCUUCAAGAUUUCAUUACUGUAUUAGCUGAAACAUGCGUGGAGGGAGCACAGGGGAGAUAAACUGUAAAUCUAGUUGGACUCAGCUAGCAAUUACUUUAGCAGAUAAAACAAAAUAUGCAAAUAUCUCCUGAGCACUUAAAGCUGAUCUUGCAGACACUGCCUGUCUGUACCCAGACAAAAAAGGACAUAUGAUAAUUAGAUUUUGAAGGACCAUGUGCUAUUGCUACAGAGCUAAAUAUUAAAAUGCAAGAAAGCAGACUACCACAUGGCACAAUUGAUUUUUAUGGCAGUUCACGUUAAAAUGCUCUCUUCUUAUAUUGCCUUUUAGGUUACCUAGGGUGAAACAAAAUUACAGGCUUGGAGACUCUGGAAAAGCUCAGCAGCAGCGUUUGAGAGCCGAAGCUUGCAAAUUAUGUGAUAAAUCUACAAGCUGAUAUCAUGAUGUCAAAGUGCAGUUCGGGAAGCAUAAACACAGAGACUGCAGAAAUUAAAACGAACAAUAUUGCUUCAACCUAACUACACUGUCCUUCAGGACUUCCCCUUUGUAGGCUGUGCUGGAACAAAAAUGCAAUGAAAGAAACACUGGAUGAAUGAAUGAAAAGCCCUGCUUUGCAAUCCCUCAGCAUGGCGGGACUGCAGCUCAUGACCCCUGCUUCCUCCCCAAUGGGUCCAUUUUUUGGACUACCAUGGCAACAAGAAGCAAUUCAUGAUAACAUUUACACGCCAAGAAAAUAUCAGGUUGAACUGCUUGAAGCAGCUUUGGAUCAUAACACAAUAGUCUGCUUAAACACUGGCUCAGGGAAGACUUUUAUUGCAGUACUACUCACUAAAGAGCUGUCCUAUCAGAUCAGGGGAGAUUUCAACAGAAAUGGGAAAAGAACUGUGUUCUUGGUCAACUCAGCAAAUCAAGUUGCUCAGCAAGUGUCAGCUGUCAGGACACAUUCGGAUCUUAAAGUAGGAGAGUAUUCAAGUUUAGAGAUAACUGAAUCAUGGACGAAAGAGAAGUGGAGUCAGGAAUUCUCUAAGCAUCAGGUUCUGGUUAUGACCUGUCAUGUUGCUUUGACUGUUUUGAGAAAUGAGUUUUUAUCCCUGUCAAAUAUUAAUCUUCUGGUGUUUGAUGAGUGCCAUCUUGCAAUCCAGGAUCACCCAUACCGUGAAAUUAUGAAGAUCUGUGAGGAUUAUCCAUCAUGUCCUCGAAUUUUGGGAUUAACAGCUUCCAUUUUAAAUGGGAAGUGUGAUCCUGCUGAGUUAGAGGAGAAGAUCCAGAAACUGGAGAAAAUUUUAAAGAGCAAUGCCGAAACUGCAACUGAUUUGGUGGUCUUAGACAGAUAUACUUCUCAGCCAUGUGAGAUUGUUGUAGACUGUGGACCAUAUACUGACAAAAGUGGGUUGUAUGGAAGAUUAUUAAAGGAAUUGGAUGAAGCACUUAGUUUUCUAAAUGACUGCAACAUAUCCGUACAUUCAAAAGAAAGAGAUUCUACCUUAAUUUCUAAGCAGAUAUUGUCAGACUGUCGAGCUGUGUUGGUUGUUCUGGGACCCUGGUGUGCAGAUAAGGUAGCUGGGAUGAUGGUGAGAGAGCUACAGAAGUUUAUCAAACAUGAACAAGAGGAGCUGCACAGGAAAUUUUUAUUGUUUACAGACACUUUCCUAAGGAAAAUACAUGCACUCUGUGAAGAGCACUUCUCGCCUGCCUCACUUGACCUGAAAUUUGUAACCCCAAAAGUAAUAAAGCUGCUUGAAAUCUUGCGCAAAUAUAAACCGUAUGAACGGCAGCAGUUUGAAAGUGUUGAAUGGUAUAACAAUAGGAAUCAGGAUAAUUACGUAUCUUGGAGUGAUUCUGAAGAUGAUGAGGAGGAUGAAGAAAUUGAGGAGAAAGAGAAGCCAGAGACUAAUUUCCCAUCUCCCUUUACUAAUAUUUUAUGUGGAAUUAUUUUUGUGGAAAGAAGAUACACAGCAGUUGUUCUAAAUAGGUUGAUAAAAGAAGCUGGCAAGCAAGAUCCAGAACUGGCUUACAUCAGUAGCAAUUUUAUAACUGGACAUGGCAUUGGCAAGAACCAGCCUCGUAACAAGCAGAUGGAAGUAGAAUUCAGAAAACAGGAAGAGGUUCUUAGAAAAUUUCGAGCACAUGAGACCAACCUACUCAUUGCUACUAGUAUUGUAGAAGAGGGUGUUGACAUACCAAAAUGCAACUUGGUGGUGCGUUUUGAUUUGCCCACAGAAUACCGUUCCUAUGUGCAGUCAAAAGGAAGAGCUAGAGCACCAAUUUCUAAUUACAUCAUGUUAGCAGAUACAGACAAAAUCAAAAGUUUUGAAGAAGAUCUGAAGACAUACAAAGCAAUUGAGAAGAUCCUCAGAAACAAAUGCUCAAAAUCUGUUGAUACCAAUGAAACUGAAACUGAAUCUAUUGUUGAUGAUGAUGAUAUAUUUCCACCCUACGUGUUGAGGCCAGAUGAGAACAGUCCAAGAGUUACUAUCAACACUGCUAUUGGACACAUAAAUAGGUACUGUGCUAGAUUACCAAGUGAUCCAUUUACACACCUAGCUCCCAAGUGUAAAACCCGAGAACUACCUGAUCAUACAUUUUACUCUACUCUCUACCUGCCAAUCAACUCACCUCUUCGAGCUUCAAUUGUGGGUCCUCCAAUGAGUUGUGCAAGACUGGCUGAGAGAGUUGUAGCUCUUAUUUGCUGUGAAAAACUGCACAAAAUUGGUGAACUGGAUGAUCAUUUGAUGCCAGUUGGUAAAGAAACGGUUAAAUAUGAGGAAGAGCUUGAUUUACAUGACGAAGAAGAAACCAGUGUUCCAGGAAGGCCAGGCUCUACAAAACGGAGACAGUGCUAUCCUAAAGCUAUUCCAGAAUGUUUGAGGGAUAGUUAUCCCAAACCUGAUCAGCCCUGUUACCUCUAUGUAAUAGGAAUGGUGUUAACGACUCCUCUACCUGAUGAGCUCAACUUCAGGAGGCGAAAGCUAUAUCCUCCUGAGGAUACAACAAGAUGUUUUGGCAUAUUGACAGCCAAACCUAUACCUCAGAUUCCUCAUUUCCCUGUGUAUACUCGCUCUGGAGAGGUUACGAUAUCUAUUGAGCUUAAGAAAUCUGGUUUUACUCUGUCUCUGCAAAUGCUCGAGCUGAUAACACGACUCCAUCAGUAUAUUUUUUCGCAUAUUCUUCGUCUUGAGAAACCUGCACUAGAGUUCAAACCCACAGAAGCUGAUUCAGCCUAUUGUGUUCUACCUCUUAAUGUUGUUGAUGACUCCAGCACUUUGGACAUUGACUUUAAGUUUAUGGAAGACAUUGAGAAAUCUGAAGCGCGUACAGGCAUUCCCAGUACACAGUAUACAAAAGAAAUGCCUUUUAUUUUCAAGUUAGAAGAUUACCAGGAUGCGGUUAUCAUUCCACGGUAUCGAAAUUUUGAUCAGCCUCAUCGAUUCUAUGUAGCUGAUGUAUACACUGAUCUUACUCCACUCAGUAAAUUCCCUUCCCCUGAAUAUGAAACUUUUGCUGAAUAUUAUAAAACAAAGUAUAAUCUUGACCUUACCAAUCUCAACCAGCCACUGCUGGAUGUGGACCACACAUCUUCAAGACUUAAUCUUUUGACUCCUCGCCAUUUGAAUCAGAAGGGGAAGGCACUUCCACUAAGCAGCGCUGAGAAGAGGAAAGCCAAGUGGGAAAGCUUGCAGAAUAAGCAGAUACUGGUUCCAGAGCUCUGUGCUAUACAUCCUAUUCCAGCAUCGUUGUGGAGAAAAGCAGUUUGCCUCCCCAGCAUACUUUAUCGCCUGCACUGCCUUUUGACAGCAGAGGAACUAAGAGCUCAAACAGCCACUGAUGCUGGUGUGGGGGUUAAAUCACUUCCUGCAGAUUUCAGAUAUCCUAACUUGGACUUUGGAUGGAAAAAGUCUAUUGACAGCAAAUCCUUCAUCUCUAUUCCUAACUCCUCUUUAGUAGAGAAUGAAAAUUACUGUAAGCACAGCACAAUUGUAGUCCCUGAAAAUGCUGCACAUCAAGGUGCUAAUAGAACCUCUUCUGCAGAAAACCAUGACCAAAUGUCUGUGAGUUACAGAACACUGCUCAAUGAGUCACCCAGUAAACUCCAAAUUGAUGUCUCGGCAGAACUUGCAGCAAUUAAUGGUGUUUCUUAUAAUAAAAAUCUUGCCAAUGGCAAUUGUGAUUUAGUUAACAGAGACUUUUGCCAAGGAAAUCAGCUGAAUUACUGCAGGCAGGAAAUACCUGUACAACCAACUACCUCAUAUCCCAUUCAGAAUUUAUACAACAGUGAGAACCAGCCCAAGCCCAGCAAUGAAUGUACUCUACUGAGUAAUAAAUACCUUGAUGGAAAUGCUAACAGAUCUACCUCAGAUGGAUGCCCCAAAAUGGCAGUGACCACCAGUACUUCAAAAGCUAUUAGUCUUUCAAAAGACACAGCAGAUUCUGAAACAAACCCUUCCAAUGGGUACUCCUCAAAAACUCUUGGUCCUAAUCCUGGCCUCAUUCUUCAAGCUUUGACUCUUUCAAAUGCUAGUGAUGGAUUUAAUCUGGAGCGGCUAGAAAUGCUUGGUGAUUCAUUUUUGAAGCAUGCCAUCACUACAUACUUGUUUUGCACUUACCCUGAUGCUCAUGAGGGACGGCUGUCAUAUAUGAGAAGCAAAAAAGUCAGCAACUGUAACUUGUAUCGCCUUGGAAAAAAGAAAGGACUGCCUAGUCGUAUGGUGGUAUCGAUUUUUGACCCCCCGGUCAAUUGGCUUCCUCCUGGUUACAUAGUAAACCAGGAUAAGAGCAACACUGAUAAGUGGGAGAAGGAUGAAGUGACAAAAGAGAACUUGUUGGCUAAUGGCAAGCUUGAUAAUUAUGAAAAUGAUGAAGAGGAUCAAAACCUAAUGUGGAGAUUACCCAAGGAAGAAGCAGACUUUGAAGAUGAUUUUCUGGAGUAUGAUCAGGAGCAUAUCAAAUUCAUUGAUAAUAUGUUAAUGGGAUCAGGGGCUUUUGUGAAGAAAAUUUCUCUCUCUCACUUUUCAACCACUGAUUCAAACUAUGAAUGGAAAGCGCCCAAGAAAUCAUCCCUGGGUAAUGUUCAGUUUUCGUCAGAUUUUGAUGAUUUUGACUAUAGCUCGUGGGAUGCUAUGUGCUAUCUGGAUCCUAGCAAGGCUGUUGAAGAAGAUGAUUUUGUAGUGGGCUUCUGGAAUCCAUCAGAAGAAAACUGUGGUGUUGAUGCAGGAAAACAGUCUAUCUCGUAUGACUUGCAUACAGAGCAGUGUAUUGCUGACAAAAGCAUUGCAGACUGUGUGGAAGCCCUGUUGGGCUGCUAUCUGACCAGCUGUGGUGAAAGAGCUGCUCAGCUUUUCCUGUGUUCACUGGGGCUGAAGGUGCUCCCUGUAAUUAAAAAGACUGAUUGGGAAAGCACUUUGUGUGCUACCAGAGAGAACUGUAACAGUGAGCAGAAAAAUCUUUCAUCAAACUCUAUUUCUGCUUCUGUAGCUAAUUCAGAGCCUUCUCUGUAUAAAGACCUGGAGUAUGGUUGUUUGAAGAUUCCACCAAGGUGUAUGUUUGAUCACCCAGAUGCUGAAAAAACCCUAAAUCACCUUAUUUCUGGUUUUGAAAACUUUGAGAAGAAAAUAAACUACAGUUUUAAGAACAAGGCUUAUCUUCUUCAGGCAUUUACUCAUGCCUCGUACCAUUAUAAUACCAUUACUGAUUGUUACCAGCGCUUAGAGUUCCUGGGAGAUGCAAUUCUGGACUACCUCAUAACCAAGCACCUUUAUGAAGACCCACGGCAACACUCUCCAGGAGUUCUUACCGACCUGCGAUCUGCUCUAGUCAAUAAUACCAUUUUUGCAUCAUUAGCUGUAAAGUAUGACUACCACAAGUACUUCAAAGCUGUCUCUCCCGAACUGUUUCAUGUUAUUGAUGAUUUUGUGCAGUUUCAAAUGGAAAAGAAUGAAAUGCAAGGAAUGGAUUCUGAGCUCAGAAGAUCUGAAGAAGAUGAAGAAAAAGAGGAAGACAUUGAAGUACCAAAGGCCAUGGGGGAUAUAUUUGAGUCCCUUGCUGGUGCCAUUUAUAUGGAUAGCGGAAUGUCUUUGGAAAUGGUGUGGCAAGUGUACUAUCCAAUGAUGAGGCCAUUAAUAGAGAAAUUUUCUGCUAAUGUGCCCCGUUCUCCAGUGCGAGAGCUGCUGGAGAUGGAGCCAGAGACAGCCAAAUUUAGUCCUGCAGAAAGAACUUAUGAUGGAAAGGUCAGAGUAACAGUGGAAGUUGUAGGAAAGGGAAAGUUUAAAGGUGUUGGCAGAAGCUACAGGAUUGCCAAAUCUGCAGCUGCGAGAAGAGCACUACGAAGCCUCAAAGCAAAUCAACCUCAGGUCCCAAACAGCUGAGACUCCUCUUAAAAAGAAAUAAAAUGGGGGAAAAAACACAAAUAAAGAAAAUUUUUAAAAAUGUUGAUGUUGAGAGGAACAAAUUGGAAGACAGAAUUUAAAGUUUGUUUGAUAACAGAAUAGAUAACAAAACAUGUAACAUGUAUAAAAUUUUGGAACUAAUUGUAGUUAUAGUUUUUUGCGCAAACACAAUCUUGUCUUCUUUCCUCACUUCUGCUUUGUUUAAUCACGAGAGUGCUUUAAUGAUGACAUUUAGCAAGUGUUCAGAAUAAUUGUUGUCAGGUCUUCAUGGUUUACUUUUAUUGUCAGUACAGCUUUGCUUAGUGUUAGAAGGCCAGGGAGCUUAUGCCUAAUGCAGUUGCUAGAUUUAUAUAUAGUAAUCUUGAAAUUCUUCAAUCUGUGCACUAGUGCCAGUCAUAAAGCAGUUGAUAAACUGUGCUGGAUGAUUGGGUAUAAGGAAGAAUAAGUGUGCCAGUAUUCUCUUUCUUUUUUUUUUUUUCCAUUUUCUUUUUUUUUUUUUUUCCCCAUUAAUCUCUUCAUGUCAUCUUUUUACAUUAAGAUGGCAUUCCCAAUCAUUAUUGCACUUAUUUGUUAGGGACAGAUUCUAAUUGAAAUGGCUGGCAUAUUGGUAGAAUGAAACUUCGGUUUCAUUAUGCCACACAGUCUUGCAUAAAAAAAGGUUCUUGCCUUAAAAAUAAAUAAACCCUCAUUAAUAAUCUUUUAAUUUCUGAUCUUUUUUUGGAACAAACUGUUUUACAUUCCCUUCAUUUUAUUAUGCAUUUUACAAUGAUACAGCUCUAUAUUUACAGUACAACUCAUUACUAUAGCUGUGACUUAUUACAGGAUUAUAAUAGAAAUUGUAUUCAUAUAUAUGUAAUUAGGUUAUUUUUAACAAUUCCGAGGAGGUGGUUAGUCGAAAGUUUUUUUUAUACCAUAAACAAAUAUGGUCUUUGGUUAAAAUUCCAAUUUUACACAAACCUACAAGCUAGAUAGUUCCAAUACUGGAAACAGUAAUGAAUAAUUGCACAGUGCAAACUGUCACUCUAACAAAAUAACCUUUGACAUAUCACACCUUAAAUAUGCUGCAGAUUUUAUAGUCAAUUGGUUACGUAUUUAACGAACAGAGCACCUUUACACUUAAAGAUAUUUCCACGUAAAUUUCUUACUGUACUUUUCAGAGUUGCAUGCAUAUUUCGCUUACCAAAGCUGUGCUGUUAAAUAACAUGAAAGUUGAUGUUUGAGAUACAACUGCCGUACUUUUGAUACAUCUGUGAUUUAGGUCCUUAAUUUAGAGAAAUUAGCUCAUUGGUGUUUUGGUCUACUGGGGGUGGGGGGAGGGAAAAUCAUACUUUUAUUUUUUAGGCUUUGCCUAUACUUCUUUAAUUAGAUUUUUGUAGGCACUCUUCACUUAAAUACCUCAGUUCUUUUUUUCUUUUCUUUCCUUUUUUUUUUUUUUUUUUUGGUUGGUUUUUUCCUUUUUUUUUUUUUUGGUUGGUUGGUUUGGGGUUUUUUUGGGUUUUUUUGGUUUGGUUUGGUUUUUUCGCAUGCAUUGUUUUUUUUCUGUUUUGGUGCUAUGUUUAUAUAUUAUGCUUGAAAUUUUAAUUUUUUGCACUGUAACUAUAAUACCUCUUAAUUUACCUUUUAAAAAAGCUGUGGGUCUUGUAUUCCCACCAGUAUCAGUAGAGGUUUGCUGCAAUUUUGCCCUGUUAAUUAUGCUUGAAGUUUGAGAAAGCAGAGCAAGGUGUUUUAACGUUUUCCAGCACAAUAGUUUGAACUUGAUGCUGUGUCUUAUGUAUUAAAUUACAAAUAAAUACUGUAUUUCCUGCUUUUAAACCUUAUUCCUUUCCUCACAAAUGCACACUAAAACAAAGCGAAAACUGUCGGCUCUUGCUUUCUUAACAAAAGAUAAAAUAAAUGCCGUAGUGACAAGGGGUAGACAUUAAGCUUUUCUGAAAUACAGUUUUCAAAAGUUCAUAUAUUUUCUGCCUCAGUCAUUUUUCAUUCUGCAAAAAGGACCAUUUUUGUAUUUGAAAGCAGCAUUGUUAUAGUAGUCAGAACGAGAAUUAAAAUACUAGCUUUUAAAAAAUUCUAGCAUUUGUUUGGUACUUCAGUCAUUAAAAUAUAACAGGGACGUUAUCAGACCUGCAAGUCUGGAUAUGUGUAAAACAAGUGUAAAUGAGAUGAAAUAGUAAAAACACACUGUCUGAAUUUUCAAAGGUAAAUUGUUUUGAGUUAGCUGAAGGGUUUGGAUUUUUUUGGUUUUUGGGGGUUUGGUUUGUUUUUUUUUUUAAAAAGAUCACUGAUUUAAGUUACAGCUCUUUUUUUCAUGGUAGGAGUGAAGUUUUCUAGCAAAAAUGCAUGAUUACUAAUGUUAACAAUUCUCUCUUUCUGGCCAGACACCAAUCAGCAGAUGAAAUCAGACCAUCUAGAAAGUCUUAAGUAGUUUUAACUGCAUUAUGAAAAACUAAAAUUUAAGUUAGUCUUUGAAUGCCUAAAAUUUCUUGCUGAUUAUUACAAGGUUAUAGAUUCUCAGGGGUUUCAGGUAAUUGCUAGCAGUAAAGUGCUACAGAGUGUUUUGAUGCAAAGAAAAUUAACUGAACUUGUUCUGUGUUUCAGAAUAGUUUAAUGAUCGCUUUGUUACUAGGUAAAGCCUAUGAAUUGGAAAUCUGAAAUGUGUAGUGGCUGACUAUAAAGUAGUUUCUGCUGCUGAUGCGUUUUUAAAUGCGUUUUAAAUGCCGUAAUUUUUUCCAGUGUGACCUCAUUGAAAUAUUUUUUAUCCUUGAGAUAGAAAAUUCAUAUUAGUUUCCAUGUUAUACAUCUGUGUGUUUUACCCUACAGUUGAUAUGAUUUUGAUAUUGGACAUUGUAUGCUAUUAAAGACCUAAAUCUGAUCAUUUGAAGGUUGGGAUAGAAAUCACUUGACAUGCUGUAAGCACAAGUGUAAGUGGACUGUUGUAACCCAUCUUCAAAAGCAACCACACAGGCUUGUCAUAAUAGUGUGGGGGUUAGUUGGCAUGAACCUUGUUUGGUUUGUUUUGUUUUUUUUUUUUAAUCUAAGUCCUGUUAUACUGUACUUUAAACAGUCCUCCUAACUAUGCUGCGUUUUUAUUUUUAUGGCUUUUUUUUUUUUUUGCGCUGUUCUGUUCAUGUAGCACAAAUAAGCAUUGCACUUGGUACCAUGCUUUACCUCAUUUCAAGGAAAAAAUGCUUAACAGAGAGGAAAAAUGUGGUUUGGCCUUGCUGCUGUUGUGAUUUACUGAAUUUGAAAAAGAUAAUUAUAAUGCCUGCAAUGUGUCAUUUACUUGCACAACUGAGAUAGGUCAUUUGUAAUGUCUGUGGCAUUUUUACUGUAUGUGGAAAAAAUACAACAAAGAUGUGUAACAACUCUUGAUUGUAUUUUAAAGCUAUUGUCUUUCUACUACAUCAUUUUACUGUUAUGUGAAGUAAUUAAAAUUAGAAUGACCUCUGACACUCCAGUAAUUAUCUCUGAACAAACCAACAUAUUAUGAAUAUAAUGUAGUUUUUGCGAGUAGACAGCCCGUAGUAAUUUGGUCAGCCUGAACUAAAUCUCUGCUCAGUCUGAAUAUUGAGUGCCCAGUAGCGACUUCUGAAGUGUUUGUUCAGCUUGAUGCUGCUAAAGUCCAUACAGAAAAAAAGCCUACUAUCUUUAAGUCUCAUUACACAAUAUUAUGUUGUGACUGCAGAGUACAGAACUUGAACAAGAACCAGUUUCCAUGCUGGGGAGGAAUAUAGUGGUGGCCCAGGGAUAAGGUGCCAGAUCCUCAGCUAGUGCAAAUUGAUGUGGUAUCAUUUUAAUCAAUGGAACUGCAUUCUUUUACAUAUCUGAAGAUCUUGUGUUUGUAUGUAUGUUGCAGAAUUUGGGUUUUUCUCCUUGUAAGGAAAUAGAGAACCAUAAACUGGAAAUGAUGGGUUUUUAUGUUACUGCAUAUGACAUAGCUACGCUACAUGCAUUCAUCUGUAUAGAAGGUGAAAUCUUUGUAUCCCAGUCACAGCAGCACACGUAAUCUGAAAAUGAGGAGUAGCAUUAUGGUCUGCUGUGAUACUGCACUUGCCUCUCUGUGACAGUAUUCUGGGUUUGUAUGUUUUGAGUGGGGAUCUCUACAAAAACAGUCUCAUGGAAAUAUCUGUAUUUAUUACAUGAGUGAAGCAAGAAGGGUUUUAAUUUUUGGUACUUACUGACAUUGGUCCUUUUCCAAUUGCUCUAAUUUUCAAGAAGUUAAUUUCUUUACGUUCAUAUUGGGUUUAAAACUUAAAACACUACAGUUCGUGACCAUGAAAUGUAAUCUAAAUAUCAACUGCAACUCCAUCUCAGUUCUGUUAGCAAAUAUCUAGAGGUCGUAGUAUACUCCACUAGCAGUUAAAAUUAACUUCUGUCAAAGCUGACUACAUUUUUAAGAAAUAAAUUUUAUCCAAUAAAGCCCUUGGGUUUUUUUCCUCUUAUUUGAAUGGCAACCACAGACUACUUUGAUUGCUUUGUAGAUGCACUCAGAAUUUACUGCAGCAGCAAGUUGGAGAGAAAAAAUGUUUGUAAACAAGAAUUGGAAAUUGCAGGCAUUUUUAUUGUAAAUAGUUUGACUGAGAAGAUGGUUAAAAUCAAGUAGAAUGAAUAACAUAUAAUUUGAUGGACAAUAAAAUACUUACCAUCACAUGCUGCAGCUGUCUUUAAGGGACAUAAAAUGUAAUUCAUUCAUACUGUAAUCAUGCUGCAGAAGUUUGCAAUCUGCACCUUAUGGAUCACAAUUACCUUUAAUAGUUUUUUGUAAGAAUUGUAGCUGAGUAUAUCUCCAAUAAAGUUAUGGUCUGUUCACCUUG